UCAUUGUUCUAUCUGUAGCUCAAUGGUUCCCAGUUUACAGUUGUGUCGAACGCGGCAUAUCUCCAGUGUGUGUUAAAGAUCAAACCGACGAUGUCACGCAUCUGAACUUAAAUUUGUGUAAACGGUGUGACAAAAGUGUGGGCAGAGGAGAAUCAUCAUGAAGACUCUGGUGGUGUUUGACUUCGACCACACCUUGGUGGAUGACAACAGUGACACCUGGGUCAUUAAGUGUAUCCCAGACCAAUGCCUGCCAGACCUGGUCAAGAACUCCUACCAGAAGGGACACUGGACAGAGUACAUGGGCAGAGUCAUGUCCUAUAUAGGAGACCAGGACAUCAGCCCUGAUACAGUCCGAAGUGUCAUGGAGACCAUACCGUUUACAGAUGGAAUGAUUGAACUGUUGACGUUCAUUGUGAGUAACAAGAACGACAUCGACUGCAUCAUCAUCUCAGAUUCAAACACAGUGUUCAUCAACUGGAUACUGCAAGUGGCUGGGGUUCAAGCCGCUGUCAACCAAGUCUUCACCAACCCAGCUACGUUUGACAAGCGUGGAUACAUGGAGAUAGAAUGCUACCAUUCUCACCAGUGUAGCCAGUGCCCUGUCAAUCUCUGUAAGAGGAAAGUGCUGGCUGAUUUCCUAGCAGGGCAGUUGAAGGGAGGGGUAGAGUAUCAGAGAACUUUCUAUGUAGGGGACGGAGGGAACGACCUUUGCCCUUCCAACAGUCUAAGGGAAGGAGAUGUGGUGUUCCCUAGAAAGGGUUACACCUUGGAGAGGCUGCUCUCUAGACAGAGUGCACAACAAGGAGAGGGUUCAUCCAACCCAAGAGUCGUAGGAUGGACAAGCGGAAAAGAGAUCCUGAUUGAACUGAAAGCAUGUGUUCAACCACAGGGAUAGGUUACAGUCAGUCACCCUAAUAGUGCUCUUUCUCAUACUAAAAGAAGUGUACUUGCAACGUUAAAAAGUAUACCAAAUGCUUGAGAGGGAAGGAUUGUGAUUGUGUCUUUGUCCUGUUUUGAAAAGUAUUUUAAGAUCAUAUAUUAAAUCUGUGUGACCCUGUGGAACUGUGUAUCACGUCACUGUCUCAGGUUCAGAUGCAAAUUAAUGUCAAUCUGUGCUUCUUUUUGUCUUAAGCUCAUGUAGAAAGAUACAGAACCCAGUAGACAGAAAAUGAAAAAACUAAGCACACCUGUAAACUACAUGUUAUAACCGUUUAUGGUCAAAUAUAUAGGCUAGGAUGUACAGUCAAUGAAAUACACUGGCAUCACGUUUUACUAGGGUACUAUCUAUGUGAAAAAUGUAUUACCAGUCCAGUGUAUUACCAGUGCAAUUAUUUGUUGUCUCUACUAGGCUGUAUUGUGAGUGUUAUUAUAUAAAUUGAUCCUAACGGUUUCUGCUUCAGCAGUGCGGCUUUGUGGACCGUGACCCCAUCUCCCUGCCUCCCAACAUACCCCUCUGUCUGUCCCUUGUUCAUGUCAAUACGCUGUCAGUAGGACGGGGCGCGGUGAAUGUGAUUGGUCGAACGCUGCUAUUUGCGGCUGGUAAGAUUAUCGGAGGCGCUGCUAUCUGCGGAGGAGAUGCGCUGUCACCUCAGUUGAGCGCCUUCCGCGUCAGCCUCGAUAGAGAACGAAACUAAAUAGCGGAAUUUUUUCUAAAAGGACUGUCCGGCGUUUAACAGGUUGGUUGGUUUCCAAGGGAAUUGCGGAUAAAUAAGGAUCUGCACCUGAGGGCGUGUGAUGCCUUUUGACCCGCUCCCAACACAGAAAAUCCUUUAACAACAGGAUAGUAGACCAUGUCGACCAGGUCCAGGUAUAUGUGGGGCUAUUGUUCAGUGAGCUAUGUUUAUGAUCUUCACUCAGGACUAUUUAGAUUUAAUAGUAUUCUGGCAAGUGUAUGUAGGCCUAUGUGAAUGCAAGGAUUAAAUUGUGUUUUAAAUAGGCCUACUAAUAGAUUACAUAAUCAAAUACUCUCUGUAUCCAUUGCAAAUCCAUGAAUGUUUACUAUCUGUGCUCAGUAAAUCGUUUUUGCAAGGUGUUGCUGCUUACAGUAUUGCAAAUGGUUCAUGAUGCAAUGUUUUAUGUUUUAGCAAUAAACCCAAUCUAUCAAGCUUCA